AUGGGCCCACCAGAUGCGGUACUACAAGGAGCACUGGACGAUUGGCGUGACGAUAAGACUAAAUCGAUCUACGGGACUGCGUACUGGAAUGAGAUGGGACCCUGCCUCAUCCUCCCUAACGAUUACCUUGAUCGCAUCGUCCAGUGUGCGCACGAAUUCAAGAUAUGCGACGUGGAUGACCUUGUGAAGGAGACGCGCUGGCCGUUAGCAGCGAAGUACGGUCCUGAGGUCAUUGAUCUCAUUCGUCGACACGGUCCACAGCCACCAGCAAAUCCUCCCCUCGCCACGACAGCUCAAUUGCCCAAUCGUACUGUUGGUGCUGCAGGAGACCAACAGGGUCAGAGAGAGAAGACACGUAACAAGUGCUCGUCGUGCGGGCAAGCGGGUCACAAUGCACGCAAUCGCCUGUGCCCUCAGCACCCUUCCCGUUCCAACCUCAACUCAUCAUCUCGCUCAGACGCUGGCUCUUCAUCAAAAGAGAACCAACCUGCGCAACAAGAUCAUUCUGCGCACUCUGAGGCUGUGAUGCCGUUAACGCGCACCCCAGCCCCUCAACUCGUAUUUCCCAUUCCACCCUCUGUCUUUUAUGGAAACCCUUGUUAA